AUAACCCAAAAUCAUUUCUAUUUUAGAAUUAGAACUCAUUUCUUUGUUGCUGUGUGCAAGAUUCCAAUGUGUUUUGUGUGUUGUUAAUUUACUUUUAUAAUUAUUAAUUUAUCGAGCUUAAUAUCUUAACGUUUUUCAAAUACUAAACAAAUUUCUCAUAUAGUUGAUCAGUAAGAAGUAUGCUUUGAAUGUUUGAAUAAAUCUCAAGUAUUACUUUUAUGUUUAUUUAUUCGUAUUUCGAAUACAUUUUGUUGGCUGUUGCUUUCAAUACAUUUAAUAUAAGUACUAAUUGAGAGUGUUUCAUUCUACAAGUUGACAUGGCAUUGGAUAGAUCACCAUUUCCAUUACUUGAUGACACUUUAAGCUACUUGAAUGUUGGAAUAACUGGAAAAAUUAAACAUAUUGUAAGAAAUAAAUACAAUAUAUUUAUUUUUCACAUGUUGUUGCAAGAAUGUGAAUAUAUUAAUGAUGAGGAAAUUAAUUUGGCUUUAUUAAAUGAACCAGUUGUACCUUUGUCUAAUGUACAACCUGGCUCAUUACUGGCUUGUCUUCAUCCACAAAAUAAAACAUGGAUGCGGUGUUAUGUUGUAUCUAUUUUGCAUCACCAAGCUAAUGUUGCAUUUUGUGAAACUGGCGAAAUGACAAAAACAAAAAAACUUAAAGAUAUUCCAGAAAAGUAUAAACGUAUACCUGUAAUUACGUUUGAAGCUGAGGUUAAAUGUAUUUGUCCUUAUGGAAAAUUACAACAUUUAAUGGAGAAUUUUAAAGAUUAUAGUGCAACAUUUGAACAAUUUAUAAUUAAAUCAAAUAAAGAAACAUAUAAAACUAUGAAACUUUGUUUUAAGACUAUAUCUAUUGAUUUCAUUAUAAAAAAUUGGGAUCUACAGAAAUAUAUAGAUACUGAAAACUCAAAUUAUAAUUCACUUAUGUUUAAAAAUGGUAGUUCUGUUGUCUUAGCAAAAAAAGAAAUGUAUGACUGGAGGCAUAUAUUUGUUAGGAGUGUUGAUCAUUUUGUUAAUGUCAGUAAAGAAUUACAGUUAAAAUGUGAAAAUGCUUCAAAUAUUUUAAGAGACCCUAUUGCAGGAGAUAUUGUUGCAGUAAAAUGCACAGAUAAAUUUUACAGAGGCAAAGUCAUUGACAUAUUAGACAAUUCCUGUUUUUCUUUAUAUUUAAUAGAUAGUGGUUAUGUAAUAUUUGCUUCAAUUGAUUGUAUAAUUGAUUUACCUGACACUUUAAAAAAGAUUCCACCGACUGUAUGUUUAGUUGGAUUAAAAGAUAUAACAUUAAAACCUUGGACACUUGAGGCGUCUUUGUAUGUUGAGCAGUUAUUUAAAAAUUCUACAACUAUGGUAUUGGAAUACACUGACCAUGAUCCUUUUGGUUUGGAUUCUGUAACAUUAACUGUUAUUAAUAGCAAUGAAGAUGUAAAUGAACGUAUUAAAGAACUUCUAGAAUUUGAGGAAAAUCCAUCAAGUGACAAUGAUCAUGCCAGUUUAAACUCUGUUUAUGAUUCCAAUAAUUUAUUUAAUUUGAAAUCCAAUCAAAUUAUUCCUGUAAAAGUAAACUCUCUGGUGAAAUCAGAUUCUCUAGAUAUGCCAGAACAAAAAUUAGAAUGUUUAUUGCCAUCUGGCAGUACAGUUUACAUGACUGGUGUUGUGGAUCUGAAAGAAAUAUAUGUUAGAAAAUUAGAAGAUCAUGAUGAUGACCAUGAAAAAUUCUUGGAUAUGGUUAAUGAAUUCUGUUCAUCAGCGUUACCAAUUAAUAGGCCUUUGAUAAUUGGGGAAAUUGUUGGAGCUCAGUCUAUUAUGGAUGAUAAUUUUUACAGAGGUAAAGUUUUAAAUAAAAUUGACGAAGCCACUUAUUUAUUGCAGUUUAUUGAUUUUGGUGAUAAAGAUAAUGUACCUUUGUCAAAAAUAUUUGAAAUUCCCAAACAUUUUAUGACUCCUUCAAAUGUGAUUAAAAUUACUUUAAAAGGAGUAAAUAAUGUUCCAUUGAAUGUAGGUGCUUUAAACUAUAUUUCCAAUUUAUUAACAACUUGUGAACCAAUGAUAAUUGAAUUUUCUCCAACACAACCCCUUAAAGACGUUUCUUUAAAAAUAGUGAACGGUAAUGAAAAUGUGAAUGAACGAUUAAAUGAAUUAUUGGAUAAAGAUGAUAGUACAUCAACUACAAAUUUAACAAAUCAACCUGAAUCAGAUAAUGUUCACGUUGACAAAAAGGUAUCCAGUAAUGGAAAUGUACCUGGAUUAAAAAAAGGAGAUUCAGUGUACAUUACUACAUUCAUCAAUGUUCAUAAUUGUUAUGUUCGUAAAGUGGAAGAUGAAACUGAUGAAUUUACUGAUUUUAUAGAAACCGUAAAUUCAUACUGUUCAUCUGAAACCCCUAUUGGAAAAUUACCAAAAUUAAAUGACUUGAUUGGAGCAAAAUCAAUAGACGGAUCUUUUUAUAGAGCAAAAGUUAUAAAAAAAAUAAAUGACAAUAGUUAUGAUGUAAAAUUUAUUGAUUAUGGAAUUGAGGAGAAUGUUAGUUUAUCUGAUAUUGUUAAUCUUUCCUCAGAAUUAAAACAGUUAAUUCCUACCACUAUUUUGGUUAAAUUAAAAGAUGUUCCACUCAUUAAAUUAACUGAAGCAGCUCAUAAAUAUAUAUCUUUAAUCUCUGAAAAUGAAACCUUAUUAAUAGACAUGAUAGACAACAGCACAAAUGAAGUAAUACUAAAAACUGAAAAUAAUGAAAAUAUCAACAAUCGUUUAAAGGAAUUUAUGUUUGAAAACAACAAGAUAAUAAACAUAAAUGAUUUGAUUGAAAACGAAGAAGAAUUCAAAUCAGAUCAAUCUUUAUUAGAAUGUGUUGUUCCUGUCUUGAAACCGGGUACUAUAGUUUAUUUGACUGCUUUUAUCAAUAUGGAUGAAAUGUAUAUUAGAAAGUUAGAAGACUAUGAUGAUGAAUUUCAUAAUUUAUUAGAAAAAGUUGAUAAAUUCUGUUUAUCUGCUAAACCAAUUAAUAGGCCUCUAAUAAUUGGUCAAAUUGUUGGAGCUCAGUCUACAUUAGACAAUAGUUUUUAUAGGGGUAAAGUUUUAAAAAAAAUUGAUGAUGUCACUUAUUCAAUACAGUUUAUUGACUUUGGUGAUAAGGAUAACGUACCUCUGUCAAAAAUAUUUGAAAUUCCUACUGAUUUUAUGGUUCCUUCAACUAUUAUAGAAAUUAAUCUUAAAGGUAUUAAGUCUCAUUCAAUGAGUAUUGAAGCAUCAAACUAUAUUACAAAUUUAUUAUCAACAUAUGAGCCGUUGUCAAUAGAUUUUGACAAUACAUUACCUAUUAAAGAUGUAACGUUAGUAAUAAUUAAAAAUAAUGAAAAUGUUGCUGAAAUGUUAAAUAAACUUCUCAAGGAUAAAGAUGAUGAUAUACCUAAUAAUAUUGUUGAAGAUAAACUUAUGCAAGAAGAAGAAUUAACAGAAUUACCAGAUAUACCUUCAGCGUCUGAUGUUAUCAUUAGAGAUUCUAAAUUUUAUGAUGAAACUAAUAUGCUGAAAAAUGAGGACAUAGUCUAUAUUACGGCAUAUAUUGAUUCGUAUAAUAUUUUUGUCCGUAAAUUUGAGGAUAACGUUGAAUUGAAAAAUCUCGUUGAAAGCGUCAUAUCUUGUUGUACUUUAGGAAAGGCUUACAAAAAUAAAUCUCCAGAGUUAAAUGAAAUUGUAGGCGCAAAAAGUUCAGUUGAUGGAUGUUAUUAUAGAGCAAAGAUUAUUGAUAAAACUGAUGAAAAAACUUAUGAAAUGAUUUUUAUUGAUUUUGGUUUUGAAGAAAGUGUGAAUGUUGCUAAUAUUGUUGAACUACCUAUACAUCUACAACAGGUGACUCCAACUAUUACUAAAGUUGGGCUUAAAGGUGCAUGUUUUGAAGAACUAAAUUCAGAAGGCUAUAAUUAUUUAGAGAGUUUGAUGAUACUCUGUGAAUUAAUGAAAAUAGAGUUUGAAAAUUUAAAUGAAGUGAAGUUAACUGUCAUUAGCCAAAACAUAAAUGUCAUAGAUCAUUUAAACAAAUUACACGAAGACUGCAUCACAAUGGAUAAUACUAUCAUUAAUUCUGGUAUGAAGUAUAUAUCUAACGACAUCAGUGUCCCGUUAAUACCUCCUUUGACUAAUAAAAGCAUAGUUACUAUUCAUGCAUUUAUUAGUGUAAAGGAUAUUUAUAUCAGUGUGCCUUUCAAUAAAGCUGAAGUGGAUAAGUUUUUAAAGGAUUUUUCAGUCUAUUGUUUAACUUCUCAACCUAUUACUAUAAACCCAGUUGUAGGAGAAGUUUUUGGAAUCAGAUCAUCUACUGAUAAUUCAUUUAACAGGGGUGCUGUCGAAGAAAAGUUGAAUGAAAAUCAAUACAAAGUAGUUCUCUUUGAUUUAGGUACUAAAGAUAUUGUGUCGGCCGAUAGUUUUGUGGAAAUUCCAGAACACUUAAAACAGGUUCCGCGUACAAUUUAUUCGAUAUGUCUUAAAGGUAUCGAUUCUGGAGUUCUCAACGCCCAAGCAAUGUCUUAUGUAAAUAUGCUCUGUGAAAACCUGCCUUUAAUUAUUGAAUUUGACGAGAAAAGUCCAAAUGGAUUAAAUGCAGUGACGUUAACUACUAUUAAAACCCAACAAAAUGUUAACAAUCAUCUGAUACAGCUUUUAGCCCAAAAAGAAAGAGAUUCUCCAGAAACGGUACAGAUGUUAAGCAAAGGAGAUAUAGUCUAUAUUUCUACGUUUGUGGAUCUACAUGCUAUUUACGUUAGACGUAUCAACAACGGCACGGAUAAAUUUAAAUCAUUCUUGGAGAAUUUUUCAUCUUAUUGCGCGUUAGAAAGUCCUAUUGAAAAUGAUCCUAAAGUUGGUGAAAUAAUUGCGGCAAAACAACCAGGUGGAUCUAAAUUCUACAGGGCUGAAGUUAUUUCUAGAGAAGAUAAUAACAAUUUUAAUGUCUGUUUUAUUGAUUUUGGAUCCUGGGGUACUGUACACAAGAGUAAUAUAGUACAGCCGUCUGAAUCGCAGCUACAAAAUUGUCCGCCUACAUUUAUGGUCGGUUUACAUGGACUAGACGCAGAACCUGCUAAUACCACAAUAUUGUACUAUAUAAAAAACAUCAGCAAAACCGAUACAUUUGUAAUUGACUCUAUAACUGAACAAAACAAAGUCGUAUUGAUAUCAGUCGACACACACUGCGAUAUAAAUAAAGAAGUAAAGAAACUUUUAAACAACAGACAUAUGGGGGGGCAACACAUUCAAAACGAUGUAUACGCCAAUGGUGAUAUUAAUAUAGAUACUGAAAAAUGUGUCAUAAAGUACUAUAAACCACCUUUGGACGUCGCCACUCAGGUUUGGGUCGCCGAAAAAAUAUCUUCUUCAAGGUACUCGGUGCAUACUUGCGAAAGUCGUCUUGAAUUCAUAAAAUUAGAGAAUCGAAUCUUUGAAGACAGUAAAACAUUUGAAUCUGUUAAAUCUGUCAGUGUUAAUAUGCCGUGCAUCGUGUACUUCAGUCCCAGCUGGUAUCGUGGAGAAGUGUUGGAAGUAAUUGAUAAAGUCACAGCAAAAGUUGGUCUCGUGGACGUUGGAAAUUUCAGUGUCGUUCGCAGCAUCAAAGAAAUUUUCCGCAUGCCGUCGAAAUACAAAGGAAAAUCGCUGUUAGUGAAUAUCGAGAUACAACCAGAACCGCAAGAAAAAUUAUCAGUCACGACUUUCAAAAUCGUUGCUAAAAAACACUUGGACAAUGUUACAGUGGUAGAAGUAUUGCUGGGAUCUACUGUAGAUCAAUCUUACGACGAUCUGGUUCGUAGUGUACACGUCAUAGAUAAUGUCGGGCUACCGUCAUUUUCUUCGACGCCCAUCCCCGAAGAUUCCGGCCAGUUUCAGUUCAACAAUAGCCGCAAUGAGUCAAAUCUACUGUGUACAACUCUGCGUCAUGACACGAGUGGUGUUUCCGAGCACGACAAGCGGUUUUCAAACAUGUUAACUAUCAAAGACGUACAGUACGCAAGAUGGUUAAAGGGUGCUGUGAAAACAUUAACAUUCUUAUGUGUGAACAGUGAUUGUUUGAUGAUGAGAGACCAUCUGAUUGACGAUACACUGACGGAUUUGGAAGCAAAAAUCCAAGAAUACUGCGUGACUGCUGUCGAUCCGCUGUAUACACCGGUCGAAAACGAACUUUGUUUGGCCAAGUACAUCGACGAGUUGUGGUAUAGAGCUAUAUGUAUGAAAGUCCCCGACGAUUUGAGCAAAAACAACUAUAAUUACAUGGUCUAUUUCUUGGACUGGGGAUUGGAGUAUUAUUUGACAAAUGUCAAAGACAUUUGUAAAAUGCCCAAGGAUUUUAUCUAUCUACCAGCGACAGCUCAUAAGUGUUACGUAAAAGACGCUCCUUUGUCGAAUUGGAGCGCCAGCACAUUGCACGUGGUAUCUUCCGAGCUCGGUCUACAACAGCUACAGUGUACAAUUGACGAUAAAUUGUCCAAUGACAGUUACAUGAUAUCUUGUGAUACUAUCAAAAAUUUAUUCGACGCGAAUCCGCAGUGAGCAGCCGGAACGUGAAGUAAUGUACACAUUAAAGCUGCACCCGUUUCAUUCCCAAUCAGUGAAUAGUUUAGAUAUUUAAUUAUUUUAUAUUGUUAAAAGUAGUAUAUAAAGUGUUUUAUUAAUCGUUUCCCGAUACUUCAACACAAGGAAAACAGCAGUUGUGGUAUUACAUUUUUUACUAUUUAUAAUUUUUGUUUUGUAUUUUAUAUUUUUUUUCGUCGAGCGAUAAAUUAUUAUUUUCAUUGUGUCAAUUAUUACAUAAGUUUUCGCACUAAAAAAUAUUUUAUUUAUUAAAUUUACGAAAUUUGUACUUAAAAAAAAUGAAGAAGUUAAAAAAGACAUAA